UCGCCACGGCUGCAUGUGUCUCUAGUUCAAUCGCUCGGGAAACUUUAUUCGCUCCCGUCACAUCCACUUCGGAAUUGGAUUUCUGUUUAAGUGAUUACAAUUAACGAGAAAUAUAACUUUUGAAAUUAACACAUGUGAUCAUCACUUUAUUUACUUUGGAAUAUAUACAAAUGGGUGUUCCAGAUCUGCGAAGGUUGUGUGAGCUGCGCGCUGCUCAGCGAUAUCAACAAUGUAAUACACAAUAUUAAAACAAGAACACUUUGGUACAACAAGAAAUAAGAACAUCGUAAAUAUGGAGAUCGAAGAAGUGGAGAUGUAUGGGCACAGCAACUACUCGUUCGACGAGAACUCGACGUUGAACGGCACGUACGAGAACUGCCCCAACGUGAAUCUGCCCGUGGUGUACGUGGUGACGCAGGUGCUAUACGCGCUCGUGUGCGUCGUGGGCCUGCUAGGCAACACGCUCGUCAUCUACGUCGUGCUGCGCUACUCCAAGAUGCAGACCGUCACCAACAUGUACAUCGUCAACCUGGCCAUCGCAGACGAGUGCUUCCUCAUAGGCAUCCCAUUUCUCAUAAUAACAAUGUCGGUGCGCUCGUGGCCGUUCGGCCGUUUCAUGUGCAAAGCGUACAUGAUAUCGACAGGCAUCAACCAGUUUACGAGCAGCAUCUUCCUGUGCAUUAUGAGCGCUGACCGAUAUAUCGCAGUGUGCCACCCGAUCGCCGCACCGCGCCUGCGCACGCCCUUUGUUUCGCGCCUCGUCUCCGCUGCUGCGUGGACCGCCUCCGCACUGGUCAUGACGCCCAUCUUCAUGUACACCACGCUCAUCCACAGCGACAACGGCCUCUCGUGCAACAUCGUGUGGCCCGAGCGUGAGUUCGCUAAGGGUCAGGCCUCUUUUACCCUCUACUCUUUUGCACUCGGUUUCGCUGCGCCUCUGACACUCAUAUUCGUCUUUUACUGCCUCGUUAUCCGCAAGCUGAAGACCGUUGGACCAAAAAAUAAGUCGAAGGAGAAAAAGCGGUCGCACAGGAAAGUGACGAAGCUGGUGCUGACGGUGAUAGCGGUGUACGUGCUGUGCUGGCUGCCGUACUGG